AUGCCAUUCCUCGAAGCUCUGGCUAAUUCUAUACGCAAUGUUAUUCCAACCGCAAUUAAGGCACCAUUAUUCAAGCAAUUGUUUCAGACCAUUAUACGCUCUUAUUUCAUACGUUAUCAUGCAGAAAGACCUGUCAAGCCCGUAAGAUGGACUCGCGACAUUCGAGGAUGCAAUUCGAACUGCCCGGACUGCAGAUUACUAGAUGAAGUUUUAUUGGACCCUACUAGACAAAAGUAUGUGUUCUAUUUGAACGCACAACGAAGAGGGCACCUGGAAACUCAACUUUCCUCCGAUAUCCAGAAUGGGCUCAUCAAGACUUCUAUUGUUAAAGAUCGUAGUCCGUAUGGUUUGGCAUUGGAGAAGACUCGCGAUGUUUUUGGCCACAAAUACCGCAAGUGGUCCCUGGCAGCAAAAGAGUUAACGUUACGUAUGGAAAUACUGGGUGGAGAAGUAAUAGAUAUCUUGUCAGAGGAGCAUUACGAGACACCAUUACCUAGUAUGGCAAAAGCAUCCGACGAUAAUAUUCAGCAGGCCAAGAAAGACAUUGCUACAGUCAUUGCUAAACACCGAGCCACGUUAGAAGCCCAAAAUUCUUCUUCACGCGAAACUUUGGCUUCACCGAACGGCAAUACGAUUAGUGGUAUUGGUAUGGGUGAGAAGAGAGGCUUCUCUCCAGAUGUUUCCGCCACCAGUGGAAACCCUGUAUCUGAUGAAACACAAGCAAAGCGACUUCCAGCAUGGAAUCAAUGGCAAGAGCCCACCAAAUAG